AGUGGGCGACACUAAGAGAGUGAGACUGGAGCCAGAGGAGUGAACUAAACAGCCAGUCAGAGAGAAAUUGAGAGGGAACGGGAGCUGAGGUGAAAAUGGCACAACGUCUGCGUUUGUACUUUGGCUCGGGCCGCAGCAACACAGCCCCGGAGGUGCUGGAAGGAGACUCCGAGGAGCAGCAUGGAGACAAUGAUGUGGUCUCAGCUCUGUGUACACAUCCACCUUUGGAAUCGAGGCCUUCUCAGGAGCCAGCAGCGCAGCAAAUCCAACAAAAUCAGUCCUGUCUACGAUCAGAGCCUUCACUUAAACGCAGUUCCUCCAUGUUCAUACCCCAGCUGGCUGCAUACGCAGAGCCACGACCAACCAAGAGCUCCUCCAUGCACAUCUCCCUCCAGCGCUCAAAUGGCUCAAGUAAUGGAGAUACCCGAGGUCUUGAGGAUGUCCCGCCACCCCGUUAUUCUCCUCCAGGACCAGCUCCUGCCUAUGCUGAAACGCAGUUCCAAGAAGACGUUCCCAGACAUCCACCCCCUCCAUACUGUGAACCAGAUCUGCUUAACUCACAGUUCCUAACAGAGCCAAACCUGCCUAAACGCAGGGUCUUUAGCAUUGGCUCCAAUGGACACAUCAUGCAAGGCAGAACCCAGCCUGGUAUCAGCGUUGGGGGAAUCUGUAUCCGAAGGAACUCUCAGGACGGUUCUGACGUUCAGCAUUUCAGAAUCCUCCCAUAUGGUGGUACUGGCUGGUCUGUCCAGCAGCCGAGCCUGGACCAGAGCUCUGUUCUUAAUGGCGGAACACAGAGACUCGUGUUUCAGCUCCAGAAAAAUCAGAACCAGGAUGAGAGCCAGGACAGGGAGCAGGGUGCUUCAUCCCAGGAUGAAUGUGCAGAUCUGGGCUUCACCAGCUCCAGAGGUAGCCGUGUGGUGCGUUAUCCAAGAAUCCGACUGGAGAGAAGGUCGUCUGACCACAGGCUGCUGCUGGAGAAUCAAGCUGGUGAAGACAGCCAGACUGUGGAGGAAAACCAAACAGACAUAGAGACGCAGAGAAACAGAUCUAAUGGUUGUACCUUUAAAAUCAGCAGGGAUGUUUCCAGAAGGCAGCCUCAUUUCAAGAUAUACUUUACCCCAGGCGGAGCUGGAGAUCAGGAUGUGAGUGUUGGCAGUGAUUUGACAAGGAAUAAUCCCAAGGCUGCUUCCAAGAAUGGCCUUUUCCAUCUGGCACAGACCAGAGAUGAUUUCCUGGGCCAGGUUGACGUUCCGCUCAGCCAUUUGCCGACAGAGGACCCGGCUAUGGAGCGUCCCUACACGUUUAAAGACUUCCUCCUGCGGCCUCGAAGUCACAAGUCCCGGGUGAAAGGCUACCUGCGUCUGAAGAUGGCCUAUCUGCCCAAACAAGGAGGACACGAGGAGGAGACUGGAGACAUGAGGGAGGAGGCUGAGGGAUGGGAUGAGUCCGCAGACUCAGGCUCACAGCGACCACAGCAGUUGUUACCGCCGUUGCCACCAGGCUGGGAGGAGAAGGUGGACAACCUGGGACGCACCUACUACGUCAACCACAACAACCGGUCCACGCAGUGGAAACGACCCUCCAACAUGGAUGUGAUUUCAGAGACUGAGAGUGACAAUCAGCAGCGACAGAUCCAUCAGGAAGCCCACCGUGUCUUCCGUUCACGACGCCACAUCAGUGAGGACCUUGAGAACGAGCACCUGGAGCCCAGAGACCUGGACAACUCCUGGGAGCUCAUCACAGAAGAGGAUCCUAACGACAGCAUGGCCCAGUCUCUACCUGGCCCCUCCUCCAUGUUAACGCCGCAGCACCUGGCGACACCCACCACCCAGGAGUUCUCUGAAGACUUAAAUUUGAGGCUGUCGCUCACUCCAGAAACCAAUGGCGAAGUGGCAGGCCCCAGCUCUGCUCUGACCCAGCUGUCAAACAGACUCCGAUCCUCAAGUAUGACGGAUGGUGUCAGUGAUCAGGCCCAGGCUCCUCCUCUUAUGCAGGGUCCGCAGACCAGAAGAACAAGAGCUCAAACAGUCUCAGGUGGUGAGGAGUCAAUGUCUCCCUCGGGGACCCCUUACAACUUGACCACCCCCGGCCUACCCCCUGGAUGGGAAGAGAGGAAGGACGGCAAGGGAAGAACUUAUUACGUCAACCAUAACAACCGCACCACUACCUGGACUAGGCCAAUUGUGCAGCUGACUGAAGACGGACCCAGCACCUCAGCAGCAGCAGCAGCAGCUUCAUCGUCAGGAGGAGCCUCGGCCCUGACUCCUGCAUCCACCCCUUCCUCCUCCAAUGCCUCCAACAACCAUCUCCAUGAGCCCCAAGUCCGACGACCUCGUAGCCUCAGCUCCCCUACUGUCACCCUUUCCACCCCCUUGGAGGGAGCAAAUAACAUCCAGGUGCGGCGGGCUGUAAAGGACACGUUCUCUAACCCACAGUCCCCGCAGCCGUCACCCUACAGCUCCCCUAAAUCCCAGCACAAGACCCAGCAGAGCUUCCUGCCUCCAGGUUGGGAGAUGAGGAUAGCCCCCAACGGACGGCCUUUCUUCAUCGACCACAACAGCAGAACAACCACCUGGGAGGAUCCCAGGUUGAAAUAUCCUGUUCAUAUGAGGAAUAAGAACUCGAUGGAGCCAGGGGAGCUUGGUCCUCUUCCUCCUGGAUGGGAAGAAAGAGUUCACACAGAUGGACGCACCUUCUACAUCGACCACAAUACGAAGAACACGCAGUGGGAGGACCCUCGCCUGCAGAGUCCAGCGAUCACGGGACCUGCUGUCCCUUACUCCAGAGAGUUCAAGCAGAAAUACGACUACUUCAGGAAGAAAUUAAAGAAACCGGCUGACAUCCCAAACCGAUUCGAGAUGAAGUUGCACAGAAACAACAUCUUUGAGGAGUCAUACCGUCGGAUCAUGUCCCUAAAGAGGCCCGAUGUCCUGAAGGCUCGUCUGUGGAUAGAGUUUGAGUCGGAGAAAGGUCUGGACUACGGCGGUGUAGCCAGGGAGUGGUUCUUCCUCUUAUCCAAAGAGAUGUUCAACCCCUACUACGGCCUGUUUGAAUACUCUGCCACGGAUAACUACACUCUCCAGAUCAAUCCCAACUCAGGCCUCUGCAAUGAGGACCACCUUUCCUACUUCAAGUUCAUCGGGCGAGUGGCAGGGAUGGCCGUUUUUCAUGGAAAACUACUGGAUGGUUUUUUCAUCCGGCCGUUCUACAAGAUGAUGCUAGGAAAACAGAUAUCCUUGAAAGACAUGGAGUCUGUGGACAGUGAAUACUACAACUCUCUGAAGUGGAUUCUGGAGAACGAUCCCACUGAGCUCGACCUGAGGUUUUGUAUCGAUGAGGACAACUUUGGACAGACGUACCAGGUUGACCUGAAGCCCAGCGGCUCAGACAUGGUGGUCACCAAUGAGAACAAGAAGGAGUACAUUGACCUGGUCAUCCAGUGGAGGUUUGUCAAUCGGGUCCAGAAGCAAAUGAACGCCUUCCUGGAGGGCUUCACAGAGCUUAUUCUUGUAGAUCUGAUCAAGAUCUUUGACGAAAAUGAACUGGAGCUGCUCAUGUGUGGCCUGGGUGACGUCGACGUCAACGACUGGAGACAACACACUGUUUACAAGAACGGCUACUGCCCCAACCACCCGGUCAUUCAGUGGUUCUGGAAGGUUGUUCUCUUGAUGGAUGCUGAAAAGAGGAUCCGACUGCUCCAGUUCGUCACAGGAACGUCACGUGUGCCCAUGAACGGCUUUGCUGAGCUUUAUGGUUCUAAUGGUCCACAACUUUUCACAAUCGAGCAGUGGGGCACACCAGACAAGUUACCCAGAGCUCACACAUGUUUCAACCGUUUGGAUCUCCCCACUUAUGACUCCUUUGAAGACCUGAGAGAAAAACUCCUGAUGGCGGUGGAGAACGCACAAGGCUUCGAGGGAGUCGACUAAAGAAACACCCUUCAACUGCGACCAAUCAACCAAUCAAUUAAAAAAAACACACACACACAAAACUACAGGGAUGUCAAACCAGCUGCUGUAGUAGCAGUUCAGCGCGAGCAUGUUGUACUGUAAUGCCUGACUGUGAGCCACCUCCACAGCACGGUGGUUCGAGACUGUACAGCGAUUUGUCGAACCGACUUGCCUACGUCUUUAUAUCUUUUCCAAUGUGGGUAGCUCGCUCCUUAAAGGUGCUGGGGGAGAAAAAAGAACAGGCAGUGUGGCACCCCUGCUGAAUGCUGAAAUUUUAUUAUCCACAGGCAUGAGCGACGAAUGACAAGAGCUGGCCCCCUACCUGAUCCGCUGUUUCUUUUCCCUCCUCCCCUCGUCCUGUGAAAAUCUACAGUGCUGGAAAACACUAAUGCAUUUCAAUAGCUCCUUUACGUACACUAUAGCACAGUAUUCUGCACCCUUCACUGUAAGGGUUAUAGCAUGGCCUUAAUCUGGCUCCUACAUGCACUAUUUCUCUAAGAAACUGCAAUGGCACUAUGAUCACUAUUCUGUCAAAUCCUUAGACCAACACCAGAUUACCUUAGGAAUGCUAGCCAAUCACAUUUCAGGAAAUCGGCCACACCCCUCCGUAGAGCCUGUUGUGUGAUCAGAAAACCGCCACUGCAGCCUUUUUGUAGAGUAAUGAUUUUGUUAUUUUAGCCACUGGUAACCGAUUUCAGAGCGGGGGAUUAAAAAAAAUCCCCGGAGAUGAUUUUUAUAGUUUUUGUCACCUUGGAAGAGAUUUUGUUUUUGUUGUUGUUUUUUAAUCAUUGGUAUAAUUCUUGCAGGAAAAUACUCUAAACGUAUUUGUACUGAUGAACAAUGUUGUUUACUAUUUUGACAAUUCUAUAUGACAUGGUGUGUGAAGUGUAAAUCUGGCUAGUCUGGGAAAUAAUUAACCCAUAUCAUUUGUUAUGGUGAUAGCAAAUGUGUUGAAUAAAAUGGUUUUUAUUGUAGUGCUAUGAAAGCAGCAUGAAACUGUAUCUUGUGUUUGCUUUGACUACAUACUGUAGUAGUAAUUUGGACGUGUAAUCUGUCCCGAGGUCGAGAAGGGAAAAGCGGGGAUAGUUUCUCUGAGAUGUUUGCGUCAUGAUUAUAUUAAUAUUCUCAUGCCUGUUGCUGUUCAUAAUGCUGUAAAUUGUUCUUGAAAAAAAACACAUUUUAAGUUCUUUCAUGAUAUAUAAAUAUAUGUAUGAACUACA